AUGGCUGGCGGUGAGUCGACCAGGUCGCCGCCACCCACGGCUGGCAUCACCUUUACGCGAGAUUUUGAAAUCGUCGAAAUGAGCAGCCUGUCCACCCACGACAAGGACCAGGCGCCCUUCAACACCACCACCACGUCAUACGCCGUUUCCACCGCUCCGCGACCGGUUCGCUACGCCAGCCAGAAAGCCGCGGGGCAAAGAUGGGUAGACAGUUUCAAGCAAGUCGAGGGCUCGCCCGGCAUUAUCAACGAUGGCUACUACGUCACCCGAGGCAGCGAGGAGAUGCCCCGCGACCCUGAGCGUCACUAUGACCUACACGCGGCCAACGCAAGAACGGCCAACUCAGCGCUGGUCCGCGACCUAAAGAGCCGCCACCUUCAAAUGAUUGCCAUUGGUACCGGGCUUUUCGUUGCUUCUGGUGUUGAUUUAGCACAGAGCGGCCCGGCCUCGGUACUCACUGCGUACGCGCUCACUGGCGCCAUGCAAUUCUGCACCAUGCAGAGCUUGGCCGAGUUGGCAGUUGUGUUUCCCAUCUCCGGCUCAUUUUCCGCAUUCUCUACCAGAUUUCUCGACCCGUCUUGGGGCUUUGCCAUGGGGUGGAACUAUGCGCUUCAGUGGCUUGUCGCCUUGCCUUUAGAAGUCAUUGCCGGCGCCUUGACAGUUGAAUACUGGAACUCCAGUCUCAGCAAGGCCAUUUUUGUGACCAUAUUUCUGUUCAUGAUUGCCGUCAUCAACCUUUUCGGCAUCAAAGGCUACGGGGAAGCUGAGUUUGUCUUUUCCACCAUCAAGGUGACUGCAAUUGUCGGCUUCAUUCUUCUCGGUAUAGUCGUCAACAUUGGCGGGACUCCUCACGAGGGCUACAUUGGUGGCAAGUAUUGGGUGAAUCCAGGCGCAACAAACAAUGGCUUCAAGGGAUUCUGCAAUGUCCUGGUAUCAGCUGCUUUUGCCUUUUCAGGCACCGAACUGGUUGGUCUCGCUGCGGCGGAGACGGCCAACCCCCGCAAGUCCAUCCCGACGGCCAUUCGACAAGUCUUUUGGCGCAUCGCCGUCUUUUACAUUGUGGCUCUGCUGCUGGUCACUCUCCUGGUCCCUCACGACGAUCCGCGCCUCCUCGGCGCCAAGUCGUCUGUCGACGCCUCCGCCAGCCCUUUUGUCAUUGCCAUUGAGAGCAUGGGCCAGACGGUCCUCCCGAGUAUCAUGAACGCCGUCAUUCUCGUCGCCGUCGUGUCCGUCGGCAACUCGGCCGUCUUUGGCUCCUCGCGCACCCUCGCGGCCCUCGCCGAGCAGUCCCACGCGCCCCGCGUACUCGCCUACAUUGACCGCAAGGGUCGUCCGCUCGUGUCGGUGCUCCUCACCCUCGCCGUCGGUCUGCUCGCCUAUCUGGUUGAUCUCGAGGAGCAGCCCGAAAUCUUUGGCUGGCUCAUCGCCAUCUGCGGCCUCUCCAGCCUCUUCACCUGGGGCAGCAUCUGCCUCUGCCACAUUCGCUUCCGCCGCGCCUGGGCCGUCGCCGGUUGCGUGCCCGCCCAGCUACCCUUUCGCUCCCAGGUUGGCAUCGUCGGCUCGUACGCUGGCCUCAUUGCCAACCUGCUCGUCGUCGCCUCGCAGUUUUGGACCGCCGUCUCACCGCUCGGCCCCGCGCAGACCUCGUCGGUCGGCAUCGCCAAGAAUUUCUUCCUCAAGGUCCUCGCCGUGCCCAUUGUUUUGGCGUUUUACCUCGGCCACAAGUUCUGGUUCAAGACGCACAUUCUACGCGCCAAGGCCAUAGAUAUCGACACGGGACGGAGCUUUGGCCGCGCCGACUCGAUUCAACCAGACGAUCCCAGCCCACGCCGUAAGUGGCCGCGCUGGAAGCGCAUCUACCGAUCCUUGUGCUAA